AUGAUCAGUAUUGACGUUCUCCUCGGGGUACUGGUUGUCUCUGGCCUCGUGGCUUCUGAACGUACGUGUUUGCCCAGGUCUCCAGAGUAUAAACCGGAUAUCACCUAUACGGGCUGUUAUGCCGACGAUCCCAACUCCCCAAUCCUCACGGGCCGUGAUUAUAGAGCGAAUACCCAAAACUCGCCUGGGUUCUGUGCGCUUCUUUGCGGGAGGGAAGGAUACCGGUACGCUGGGUUGGAGCAGGGUCUCGGAUUUGGAGGGUCGGAUGCUUUUGUGGAAAUUCAGUCCCCUCCGGGGUGGAAAAGCAGAGUCAAUCGUCCUGCGAUUUGCCGUGUCCUGGAGACCCUGCAGCAACCUGUGGCGGGAACUCAACGUAGGUUCUUGCGGGCCCAAAUAAUCACGUCUCUAAAAGGCCAGCCAUUGAUGAUUAAUGAAAACUAUAGCAUAGAUAUAUAUCGAAUCAACAAUCCACAAGCGGGCAAGGGAAAUGAUAUCUUUGCCGACUGUACCAGGGAUCCGCUGUGCUCAAAUCCAGUAUGCGACCCAUCUCUUCCCGUGCGAGAGCGAGCGGCCGGGCUGGUCAAGGUCCUCAAUGUCGAGGAAAAGCUGGAUACUCUCGUCGACAAGACCCCUGGGGUACCGAGAUUGGGUAUCUGGCCGUACGAAUGGUGGUCUGAGGCGCUACAUGGGCUCGCCUAUGCCCCCGGAAAUGAGUUCGAAGAUAGUGGCAACUUCAGCUCUGCAACCUCAUUUCCCAUGCCCAUAGUCAUGGCUGCCUCCUUCAACGACGAUCUUGUAUUUGCCAUUGGUGAGGCCAUCAGUAUAGAAGCAAGAGCGUAUGCCAAUGCUGGCCUUAACGGCUUCGACUUUUAUACUCCGAACAUAAAUCUCUUUCGAGAUCCUCGCUGGGGCCGUGGGUCUGAAACCCCCGGAGAAGACCCUCUGCUGGCGAAAAACUAUGUCGCCAGCUUAAUAUCCAGUAUGGAGGAUCAAUCGUCUGGCUAUAAGAGGAUUCUCGCCACCUGCAAACACUACGUCGGCAACGACCUGGAGAGCGUUGGAAACGUGUCUCGUUACGGCUUUGAUGCAGUCAUCUCGACUCAAGAUUUGUCCGAGUACUUCCUCCCGCCCUUCCGCACGUGUACUGCGCAGAAACAAGUCAGUUCUGUAAUGUGCAGCUACAAUGCUGUCAACGGGGUCCCGGCGUGUGCGGACAGCUAUAUACUACAGGACAUCCUGCGAGACCACUGGGGGUGGGAAGCCCCGGACCAUUAUAUCACCACAGACUGUGGCGUCAUUGGAUACAUGGUCACCGAUCACCAUUACGCCUCGGACCUUGGCGAGUCGGCGGCCCUGGCUCUGAAAGCAGGCACUGAUCUGGAAUGCAAUGGGAGCCCGAACAGCGGUCUCCUGGUGGCCUGGAACCGGUCCCUCAUUACCGAGCACGAGGUAGACAGGGCCGCACAGCGGUUGUAUGGCGCAUUGGUCACCGUCGGGCUGUUUGAUAACCCUCCUUCACUGGAGUCCCUUGGCUGGGAUGCAGUGAAUAGCCCCGCCUCCAAGCAGGUAGCGUACCAAUCUGCGGUAGAAGGCACGGUUCUUAUCAAAAAUGAUGGAACCCUCCCGCUGUCGGCCAAUAAAUCUUAUGCGCUGAUCGGUCCAUGGGUAGCUGCAACCGAACAGCUACAGGGUAUCUACUACGGCCCAGCACCCUUCUUGAUCUCCCCUCUGCAGGCGGCCAGAGACCUUGGGAUCAAGUACACCUACGUUGCGGGAACCGGCAUCAAUGAAACGGAUCCCUCCACGUACGAUGCCGCUCUUGCAGCUGCUAGAUCCGCGGAUGUCGUGAUCUUCUUAGGCGGUAUCGACAGCAGCUUUGAGGAGGAGACGCGAGACCGAGAGAGCCUGGCGUGGCCGGUCCCUCAAAUGGAAUUGAUUACAGCCCUCGCCGGGAAUGCAAAGCAAUUGGUCGUCGUCCGGUACGGAGGCGGCCAACUCGACGACUCGGAGCUACUCACCAAUAAACACGUAAACGGUCUCCUGUGGGGGGGAUACCCGGGCCAGUCAGGAGGGCAGGCCAUUAUAGACUUGUUGUUUGGCAAGGCCUCGCCAGCUGGUCGACUGCCUGUCACUCAGUACCCGGCGUGGUAUGCUGAUGCCGUACCACCAGCGGACAUGAGUCUUCGCCCAGGGGAGGGCAACUCCCACCUCGGGCGUACAUAUAUGUGGUACGAUGGAGAGACCGCUGUACCUUUCGGGUUCGGCCUUCACUACACCACCUUUGACGUGACUAUCGAUCAACCGCCACGAUGGAUGAGCCAUACACCAAUCCAUAAUGGCGCCCGGGUGUCUAUACAGUCCGUCAGGGGCUCCACUGACUGGAUGGAGCUGUUGGAGCUCCCCGUGCUCCAGAUUCCCGUAACAGUCACCAAUACUGGACCAGUCACAUCGGACUACGUGGUGCUGCUGUUUCUUAAAUCCGACGCAGGGCCGUCUCCGCGACCAUUGAAGACACUGGCAGCGUACACACGAAUCAAGGAUAUCCAGCCGGGUCAGUCGGCGACACAGGACUUGACAGUGAAUUUGGACAGCCUGGUUCGAGUUGACAAGAAUGGUGACCGCGUCAUAUAUCCUGGAACGUUUGAUCUGUUCGUCGAUCUGGACGCUAAAUCCACGUUUACAUUCAAGCUACACGGCGCGCCACUCACGGUGGAAAGGUUUCCCCAGCCAGAAUCAAAACGAUAA